UGUCAUUGUAACAUUAGCUAAUACCUCUCCAGGGCUUAUUUAACUGAGUGGGUUUCUUCUCACUAAAUUCGAGCAAAUUGUCAUUUUGUCCACCGGGUUGAGGUCCUGUCACUGGCUCUCCUGCCUGGAGCCCAGCUGAGGGCUUUGGCCCAGCCAGGUUGUUGCAAAGACACAUUUCAGCCUUGUCCUUCUGCCUGCUGGGAAAAGAAGGACCGGGAGGUGGAUCCGGGAUGCCGUCGGGAAGCAAAGGGGGGAGAGCCACACAGCUACCCUCUUCGGAGCAACUCGUUACCAGAAUCUCGCCUCUUCUAGAACGAGUGUAGGAGUUUCCUUAACAUUCUCAGAAUGUCUUUCACGAUUUUACAAAAGCUGUACAUGCUCCCUGUAGACAAGCAGACAACGCAGAAAGGGGGAAGCGCAGAAAUUAAAAGGAAAAAUCCCUUCCUGAACCAGAGCAAACAGAUCCGAACGCUGGGGUACUGCUGCCAGCUGGUUGGCGGGGUCCUGGUGGAACGAUGUCCAGCCAGGUCAGAAGUGGGGACGCGCCUGUUGACCCUGUCCUCCCAACUCAGCCACUGUAGGACCGUCCUGCGACUCUUUGAUGAUGUGGCCAUGUUUAUCUACACGAAGCAGUAUGGCCUGGGGGCAGAGGAGGAGGACAUCUUUGUCCGCUGCGUAUCGGUCCUCGGCAACCUGGCCGACCAGCUCUACUACCCCUGUGAGCACAUCGCCUGGGCCGCUGAUGCCAAGAUCCUCCGCGUGGACUCUGCCCGGUGGUGGACACUGAGCACAGCCUUCUGGGGCCUCUCCCUGCUCCUGGGCAUUGCCAGGUCCUUGAGGAUGGUCCUGACGCUGAGAUGGAGGCUGAGGGGCCCCGCGGUGGCCUUCACCAGCCGGCUGCCGUGGAGCAAGAGGAGGGCCAUGGAGGCCCAGGUCCAGUCGGAGGUGCUGACCCUCCUGAGCAACGCGGCAGAUCUGGCCAAUGCUGUGCACUGGCUGCCUCCGGGCGUCCUGUGGGCUGGCCGCUUCCCCCCGUGGCUCGUGGGGCUCCUUGGGACCAUCUCCUCCCUCCUCAGCAUGUACCAGGCUGUCCGGGCCAGUGGCCAGGGUGAGGCCACCACCCCCUGAUGUGGCCUGGGAGGCGUGGCUGCAGCCAGAACCCCACCGGAGCCCCUUCCACAAAGCAGAAAUCACUUGGUGGGGGGGCUGGGUCUAACUGAGCGAGUCAAUGCCAGGUGUAGGGAGUGUCACCUAGAGGACACAUAGGGCCACAUCGGGCGCACACCCAUUCUGGGGCAGGAUGGGGGCAGGGGUGAGGUCUCCCAGGGUCCAAGAGCCAGGGCCUUUCCAGCCAGGCAGGGGCUCCACGUGGGAGACCCCCAGAGGAGGGGUCCCCAGGCCUUACAUGCAGAAAAGGGUGCCGGGGGCCUCGCAGCGCCUCGCGCGGCCCAUGUCCUGCAUUCCAAUAAAGGUGAGCUGGGGAGCCGGGAUGGCGGGCGCCACGCGGGCCUUGAGAAGGUCGAGAUGAUGAUUGAUUAAAUAGCGUGUUGGUGCCAGG